AUGGCGACGCCUGAUUGGUCCAGUCUUCCAGAUCACGUUCUUGCCGCCAUUGCAAAGCAUCUUCAAACGCCAAUAGAUACUCUUUGUUUUCGUGCAGUUUGUAAUUCAUUUCGCUUCUCAAUCCCUCCGCCGAAACUUCCAUCUCCACGUCCAGACCUUAAAAUUUCCAUCCCUCCGCAAACCACCAGCCGUAGAGGACACUUGGUACUCGCGGAGAUCACCUUCUAUGCAAUCGAACCCCACACCAAAAUCUCCUAUCCACAUCAGACAGAAACAUGGGUAGUCAAAAUGGAAGAGUUAAACUCUGGCAAAGUUCGACUAGAGGAUCCACUCUGUAGACUUCGUCUUGGUAACUUGUCGAACAAGAUACCCAAACUUGAAAAGUUACCCGAGUCUCUCAACCUGUUGGAUUAUCGGGUUAAAGAGGUAGCUAAAGCAUUCAGACUUGAAAUGGUUGCUCAAGGUAAAGGUAUUAAUAGAAAGAAACAGGUUGUUUAUAGCAAAGCGGUUGUAUGUACUUAUCAGGAUAAUAGAAGGUGGGGAUCAGCUAGGUGUAUGGAGAAAUGUAGACAAGAAAUGGCCUAUCAUAGACAUGGGUUAUGAUUCUUUUGUCGAUAUAAUUUAUCAUAGGAGAAAAUUUUAUGCUAUGAUGUGCACUGGCCUAACCGUAACGGUGGAUCCUAAGUCUUUGAUUGUUAUUAAAGUUGCAAGUCCACCGCAAAGUUGGAAUUUUGGUGAACGUUACUUGGUAAAUUCGUUCAAGGAUUUGUUUGUGAUCAUUAAGAAAUCCCUAUGGUGUUGAAACUGAAAACCAAACAGGUCACAAGUAAAAUA